AUGGCGGUGCUGCGGAGGCUGCGGCAGCUUUUGGCUCCACGGGAGGGGAGACUGGUGCUGAUUUGCGAGGACCGCAAGCUGUCGCUCAGCAAGUCAUUGAGAGAGCAGGGCGUGAACUUUGGCUCGCAGUUGUGCUACCUCUACGAGACUCCUGACCUGUGGGCGGCGUGCAAGGCCUUAGGUUGCGGCGAGGGCCUGGAGGACGCGCUGGAGGGCCUGACUGAGCUGCAUUACGGAAGAUACGAUGUGGCCGCUGUAGAUUUGGAGCAGAUGAGUCUGCCCAGCAGUUUGCGAAGCUUUACGUUUGCAGGCAACUUCGACGGGCCUUUGGACCACGCCCUCCCGCUACCCGAUCUCCAGAGCCUCACCUUCCGCAGCCGCUACAACCGGCCGCUGGACGCGGUGAAGCUGCCGAGGAGUCUGCAGAGCCUGGUCUUCGGCCACGGCUUUGACCAACCGUUGGACCACGUGGACCUGCCAGCAAACCUGCUGCACUUGAGCUUUGGCGACGGCUUCAACCAGAGCCUGCAGCAGGUGAGGCUUCCGAGCUGCUUGCAGAGUCUGGCCUUCGGCAGCAACUUCAACCAGAGUCUGGUGGGCGUCAGCUUCCCCCCAUCGCUGCAGCGCCUCACAAUGGGCUGGUGCUUCAACCGCUGCUUGGAUGAGGUGUGCCUGCCAUCCGGCCUCACAUGCCUUCGCCUUGGCAACGACUUCAAUCAGAGCCUCGAGCACGCCGUUUUGCCCGGCUUGCAAGAGCUGAUCUUCGGCCGUGACUUUAACCAGAGGUUGGGCUGCCUCUUCAAUCUGCAGUGCCUGGUCUUGGGUUGGCAGUUCAGCGCCUACGACCAGUUUUUGCCGGGCAGUUUGACGAGCCUCAGUGUUAGUGACGCCUUCAACUCCAGCCUCAAGGAGUUGCGCCUGCCGGAGAGCUUGCAGAGCUUGACGCUGGGCCACUGCUACGAUGAGCCGCUGGGACAGUUGCCGGCAAGUCUGCGGAGCUUGUCCUUCAGAGGUGACUUCAAUCAGUCCUUGGAGCACGCGGACUUGGGCUGCCUCGUCUCCUUGAGCUUCGGCACCUCCUUCAACCAGAGCCUCGCGGGGGUAAAGCUGCCGAAGACCUUGAGGCAUCUUAGCUUCGGGACCUCCUUCAACCAGACACUGGAGCACACUGUGCUGCCGGAUCUUCAGACGCUGACAUUCGGCGAGUGCUUCAACCGCAGCCUGAAGCGAACGAGUCUGCCAAUGAGCCUCGAGACGUUGACCUUGGGAUGGAAGUACAACCAGUCCGUCUCGCUGGUCUGCCUCCCGGAGAACUUGCGACACCUCUCGUUUGGCGCCUCCUUCAACCAAUCCCUAGACAACGUUCAUCUGCCCCGCGGAACGCUCAGCCUGACCUUCGGGGACGAUUUCGACCAGAGCCUCCGAAACGUGGCGUUGCCCUCGAGCCUCGAGAGCUUGACAUUCGGGGCGGACUUCAACCAGAGCCUGGUGGAAACAGCUUUGCCCGGAAACCUGCAGAACCUGGUCUUCGGAGAAUUCUAUGACCAGAGCCUGGCGGGCGUAAUAUUGCCUCCCACUCUGCGAAGCCUUCGCCUGGGCAGCUCCUUCAACCAGAGCUUGGACACAGUGCUCCCAGAAGGCUUGGAGGAGCUGGCCAUCGGCCGUGACUUCAACCAGAACCUCAGUGAGGUGGUGUUCCCCAAGAACUUGCGGAGUCUAUCCAUCGACUCCGAGUUUGGCCUGAGCUGGGCGGAGAUGAAGCUGCCCUGUAGCCUGAGACACUUCCAAUGCGUGGAUUGGACUCUCUGUGCGUGA